AUGGUCACAAAAAAGCCAUCUAGAAGGGAUGCUUAUGAAUACAUAUAUACUGUGAGGGAUCAUUUUCAAGAUAAUCGUGAAAUAUAUGAUACAUUCCUUAAGGUCCUGAAGGACUUCCAUUCUGACAGAAUUGGUCCUAGUGAUGUCAUAUCAAUGAUGAUCGAACUCUUUAAGGGACACCAACACCUUCUUUUGGGUUUCAAUAAAUUCUUACCAGAGGGUUCUAAGAUAACACUCGAAAGCGAUCAAACUCUACCAAAAAAGCCUGAGUUUCGCCAUGCUCUUGAUUUUGUCCGCAAGGUUAAGGCAAGGUUACAAGAUGAUCGUGCAUACAUGUCUUUCAUAACAAUAUUGAAAAUGCAAAUAGAAGGAAAGAAGUGUUUUACUGAGGUUUACCAUGAGGUGUCUGAGGUCCUCCGAGACCACCCCGACUUGCGUGAGGAAUUUAUUUUUUUCCUCCCUAGUUAA